CGGGACUCCGGGCCCGGCGCUGCCCGGCGGCGACGCGAGCGGACCGGAAGCGGGAGUCGCGGGGAGGGGCGUGGCCGCGCCAACGUCAGAAGUGCGUCGGGGCGUGGGAGGCACGUCCGGGCAGGAAGCGGCGCGGAGCAGGAGCCGCCGGGCCCGCGCAGGCGCACUGGAGGGCAGCCCCAGCCGCGGCCAUGGCGGAGCCGCUGCCGAAGAAGCUGCAGGGUGAGCUCGAGAAGUACCAGCAGCUCCAGAAAGACCUCAGCAAGUCGGUGUCGGCGCGGCAGAAGCUGGAGGCGCAGCUAACGGAGAACAACAUCGUCAAGGAGGAGCUGGAGCUGCUGGACAGCACCAACACCAUCUUCAAGCUGAUCGGGCCCGUGCUGGUGCGGCAGGACAUGGAUGAGGCCAAGGCCACGGUCAGCAAGCGCCUGGACUACAUUGGGGCGGAGAUCAAGCGCUACGAGCAGCAGAUGCAGGAGCUGGAGAAGAAGUCGGAGCAGCAGCGGGAGGUGCUGGCGCGGCUGCAGCAGGAGUAUCAGCGCACCCAGGGCAAAGCCGUCAGCAAGGCCUGAUGCCCCUGUGGCUGGGGGGGGGGGGGCAGGGGGCUGUACUUAAGAUUUGUGUUUCUUAUCGUGUUGGGAAUAAAAGAGGUGUUGAGUAGA